ACAAUAUUUCAAUAUUGAUAUUGGACGGAUUGAACGAUACAGAAUAUCAUUGUGUUUUAGCGGUGGAUAAAAUAUUAUAUUGACAACACUCCUUUUGUUCCAACUGAUACCGGGAUUAUUCAAAUAACUCAGGAUAAUCUUAAUACAGUGUUAGGCGCGAACGAAGUUGUGCUAAUAACAUUUUACACUGAGUGGUGUAGAUUUAGUUCUCUAAUGAUGCCCGUAUUUGCUGAUGCUGCGCAAGAAAUUACAAAAGCCGGGUAUGAAGCUGGUAAAGUGGCAUUAGGUAAAGUUGAUUGUGAUGUGGAAGAGACUGUACGAACUAGAUUUCAAAUAUCCAAGUACCCAACUGUCAAACUGUUCCAAAACGGGUUGCCAGCAAAUAUUGAAUACAGAGGCCCCCGCACUGUGGAAGCAUUUGUGGAGUUCAUCAAGGAGCAAUUAACUGAUCCUAUUAUCCUAUUCAGUCAUUUGAAUGAACUUCACGACCUGAGUGAGGACAAGGGGCAUAUAAUUGCCCGCUUGGCUAGUAGAGACCAGCCUGAAUACGAUGUCCUGCGUAAAGUUGCAAGUAGUCUGAAAGAUAAAUGUCAAUUUCAUGUCACUUUUGAUGAAUAUGCAGAGCAAAGGCAUCCUCGAACAGGACAGCCGAGUAUUGUAUUUAGAACAAACAGAAAGACAUUAGUUGAGCCUGAUGAGCCCUACCAAGGACCACUCAGUUUUAGUGCGCUCUGUACUUGGGUUCAGGAAAAAUGUUUUCCUCUUGUCCGUGAAAUUACUUACGAGAAUGCAGAGAAAUUGUCUGAAGAAGGGAUGCCAUUCCUUAUAUUGUUACAUAAGCCCGCCGACGAAAAAAGUGUAAAGAAAUUCAUCGAAGUUAUUAGACGAGAAUUGAGACAUGAAAAAAGGCAGCUCAACUUCGUCACGGCUGAAGGCAUACGAUUUGAGCGUAUGCUGCAUCUUAUCGGGAAAUCAACAUCAGAACUGCCUUUAAUUGUUGUUGACCAUUACCAAUCCAUAUACCUGUUUCCAGACUACAAUGAUAUGGAGGAACCUGGAAAAAUUAAGCAAUUUCUGCAAGACCUAUAUUCGUCUAAGUUGCGUAAGCAAGGAAUAUUUCUAUACAAACCUUCGCCAAAUGUCAAUAUAGAGAACCCAAUAAAUGAGGCCGGUGAUGAAGAUACUGAAGAUUUAUCUUUUGGCUUAUUUGAUUGACUAGCUAUACCUAUGAAGUAAUUGGACAAGUACUUCGGAAUAUACACUAACUUACGUCACAUCAGUGUGUGAGUGUAGGUAUUAGGUAUAGUAUAGUCCUCGUUUACGAUGAGGGUCACAUAAUGUUAUGUAAUAAAUGAUUUAAUUAAGUUA